GCGCAUCAUGUCGCUGUCAUAUGACAGGAUCAUACGGUUAUGGGAUGUCGAGGCUGGCAAGACGCUGCAGCCACUUCAAGAUGUUCGGCAGGCGUCAGUUCCGUUGCAGUUUCGCCAGAUGAAAUCGACAUCAUGUCUGGAUCUCAUAACCAUGCACACGACACACGAUCUAUUCGAAACCAUGACUUAGAACACCUCAUACGUUUUUCCCUGCACCCGGGACACGCUCUUGUUGAUACUGCCACGCUUCUCGAUGAAAUCGCCACUCCAACACAAGACAGAUCGGAACCCCCGGUGAGGAUUCGGGAACAUGACAGAUGGGCUGUGGUUGGACCGGAGAACAGGCUUUUGUUUUGGGUCCCGCCAAACUACGAUCCCCUGUGGUGUCCGCCAAGGAUGCAGUGGGUUGUUCCUCCGCUCAGCCUUCCACUUGAUCUCAGCCAUAUGGCUCACGGAUUAUCUUGGGAGUCAUGUUAUGGAGGGCACAAUCAUGUUUGACAUACUUACGAAUAAAUACAAGCUUCAUUGUAAACCACCUUAGUUAUUUCGACACUUACGAGCACCUUUAGACUGUAACUUCUCUUAGAGACAGUAAUUUAUCAAAUAUGUAAGC